AUGUUUGGCCACGGCUUGGGGCCAAUCAGGGACAAGAGCGAGGCCUCGCUUUGGGCCAAGGGUCAACCUUUGGGCAGCCCUCGACAGAAUGUAUUUCAUCUUGCAAAGCGCAUUGCUGGCGCUCUCGCUCUCUCUCGCUCUCUUCUCGCAUUGCCUUUGAGCGACAGGACUGCGACACGGUCUUCACUCGAGCUCGAGAAUGACACAAACUCAGUCGACCCUGAUCCAAGAGCGUCUGAAAAGGACGAUCGCUUCUGGCAAAAUUUUGAAGCAGAAGCCCCCAACCUGUUUGUCUCAGAGGACAGUCUUUGUGAUGCAGGAGUCUUGGAAUACGUUGCACAGGAAGAACAGUGCUCCUCGUCAAAAGUCUCAACAUGGUAUCAGCCGAUGGACAGGAUAAAGAGUGCGUCAGGGCUGAAGCGUGCUUUAGAGCGAGAGCUCCCCAGCCGCUCUUCACGAUUAAUCUUGCUGAGCCGCGCCAACUCUUGGAGUCGUAUCAAAGUCACAACAGCCAUGUUCAAGUCUCUUUACAACACCAUACACGUCAGCCCAUUCUUUCUCAAGAUCAUGACGGGGUUUGGACGCAAGAUAUCGUCAACGGAUGAGAACUUCAUGACAUGCUAUACCCAGCUUUCCCGACCUCACGACCUUCAGAAAGAGAGGUCUCAGAAUGCCAAGGAUGCAUCUCAUGGCCCAGUUUUGCUUAGUUGCAAGGAAAUACCAGGCACCACCGAAACCGGCUACAACUUGCGCCAUUUCGAGAGGCAUGGCCGGGAUCUCUGUAAUCCUUGGUCAUGUAGACAGUCGGCCAUUCACCACUCGUAUAACUUUGAGACGAAGCAAUCUUCCUCAAUUUUGAUACAGCCUCCCCGUUCUCUCAACCUGGACUCGCAGACACUUGGUCCCAUCAUUCCAGAUCAUCCUCUCGGAAUACACGCCGAGCUGCUUCUCUCCAGCACCACAGAGUGGAAGCAGUAUCUGAAUGAUUUGUCAGAUCGGUUGACAUCUCUCUACACCAAGAUAGCUAUCAGUAAAUCCUUCACCGAAUUUCAAGUCGACUUUGCUUCUACGCAGAAAACGCUGCAACUUCGACUCGAGUUGCACCAAGCGCACUCGAUUCUAGAGAACACCCUCGACACUAUAAAGACGCUGAAUCAGCACGAGGGUUUAAUCGCCAAGUUCUGUACAACUCCAGUCGGGCACCGAAGACAGUUCCGAUGUGCCUUGGACAACAUCUCCCGGGAGUUGCGAGGUCAUCUUCGCACAGUACAGGUGCUUCUAUCUUCGUCCGACGAGAUCAAACAGAUGUCCGACAAUAUCGUCCUGUUCCGCGGUCAAGAAGUCCAGUGUCAGAACGGUGCUCAACUCGCGCAGCUUGCUCACAUCGACCUGGCGGAGACCAAGACCAUGUCUGCCUUGACCAACAAGACAGCCCAAGACUCGCAGACAAUGCGCAUAGCGACUGUAGUUGCCAUGCUCUACCUCCCUGCAAACCUCGUUCUUGUACGUCGCUUCCGUUAA